GAGUUUACAUGUGUUAUUCAAGUGAGAAAAGAUUGUGAGGACAAGGGUGCAUGGACAAUCCCCACAAAGAGCAACGAGGAGGGAAUGUACACUGCGAGUAUGGACUUCCUGCGUGAGGCGGAGAACCAAUGCAUCCUGCAGAACCCCGUCCUUAUCACCUGCCCUGUUCGUCUCAUUCAUGAUCUAAAAGAUGAGGACGUGCCCUGGCACAUCUCCAUGCAAGUUGCAGAGCGUGUUCUAAGCCCCGACGUAGACAUCAUUGUACGCUGCCAUGGUGAGCACCACAUGGCUGAGAAAGAUGACAUCAAACUUAUUGUCCACACCAUCGAUGACCUCAUAGACAAGCUUACCACUAUGGUGUGAUCCACAAUUUAGGAUGGGGUUACCAAACAACCUACCUUAAGAUCCUCUCUUACUUUAUUUUGCCAAACACCCUCUUACCAUUUUGUUGUGAACUGUUGCAGGGAAAAAAAGGGACAAACCCUAAAACCUUAUUCUCUUAUGCUUUAUUUUACAUGUCUUUUGCAUGUUUACUCAGUGCAACCCUGUGCCAUUCAACCCUUUUGGAAAGCUGCUUCUUGUCUAGCAGAAUGGUUACUGCCAGUUCUGGAGUCUGUAGAUCUCCUGUGCCUUUUUUUUUUUUCACACUGUUUUAUGAAAAUAAAUCCUUAGUAUAUCAAUA